CGAACACUUCCACCAGUUUGAUCUCAUUCACACGUUCGGGGUCCAGAAGAAAAGAAAUUCCUCUUUAUUUCUGCAUUUCUGCUCUUUUUUUAUUCCAAUAAGACGCUAAUUUCUAAAUCGAUUCACUCUUUUCUUUUUUCUCCCUUUUCUAUUGAAACAGUGUGAAAAAUCAAUAGGAAAAAAUGGGUUGUUCUACAUCAUCAUCAUCAAAACAAAUUGUACCAACUUCGGAAGGUUUAAACAGCGGUCCACCUGUCAAUAUGACCAUCGAUUUCUACUACCUUCUGCCAUCGGCUCCCUGCCGAAGUGUCCUCCUCUGUGGCAAGGCCCUUGGACUUGAGUUCAAUCUCAAGGAAAUGGACUUAAUGGGUGGAGAUCAUCUUAAGCCAGAGUUCUUGAAGGUUAAUUAUCAGCAUUGCGUGCCAACUCUCGUGGACAAUGGCUUUUCUCUGUGGGAAUCCCGUGCCAUUUUGGCGUAUCUCGUGGAGAAGUACGGAAAGGAUGACUCUCUGUACCCCAAAGAUCCCGAGAACAGAGCUCGAGUGAACCAAAUGCUCUACUUCGACAUGGGAACUCUCUACCAGCGUUUUGCUGAGUACUACUACCCAGCAAUCUUCGCCAAGGCUCCUUUCAGUCCUGAUGGAUUCAAGAAGAUGGAGGAUGCCGUUGGUUUCCUCAAUACCGGGCUCGAAGGACGAAAAUUCGCUGCUGGAGAUGCUCUUACCAUCGCCGAUAUGGCUCUUGUAGCCACAGUUGCCACCUACGAUGUCUUUAAAUUCGACUUCUCCAAGUAUCCCAACGUGACCAGAUGGUAUGAGAGCUGCAAAAAGACCAUUGCUGGCUACGAUGAGAUCAACCAAAAGGGAGCUGAUCAGUUCUUCGAGAAAUUCGGUGCUGUUCUCAACCAAUAAAUGCAUUUUUUCUAUUUUUUUUACAACACCUUAAAGGAGUUCACCUUUUGCCUUGAAGGCUAUUAAUAAAAAAAACUUUGUUUAUUUUUGUAUUAAGAAAACAAUCUCGCAUUUUCAUUGUAUGAAUAAAAAAAAAACAAAAUAAAAUGGUAUUUGUGAAAAAAA